UGCGAGUGCUUUGUGUAGUGAAAACUUCCUAUUUUCCUGUCGUACUAUGGGCAAGGGAAAACGGAACGGUUUAUUGCGGAAAUCCGCGUCGGUUGUUUAAUAAUGAGGCCAUGGUGCAGUGCCGAUGCAACAUCAAAUAACAGCAAAAUGACGAUCAACUUCAACCAACACGAUUCACAAAACGGUGACACGAUGGUCGUUGCGGAUUAAUUGCGAACCAGUGAUUCAAAAGAAAUCGUGAAAAAUGUGUGUCUCGUUCUGCGCUCAAUGGCGCAUCUGGCUGCGGCCACUCUUAGUGAUCCUGUAUAUCCUGUUCGUCAUCAUCGUUGUCCCGCUACUAAUAGUCGAUUCGGUUAAGGACGGGUUCACGCACAAAGGGCAACUCAUCCUGAUCGGCGGUCUGUUUGUGCUCUGCGCGAUACCGAUUUCGAUAUGGCAAAUUGCACAACACAUCGUCCACUUCACCCAACCGCUACUUCAGCGACACAUCAUUAGAAUUCUGUGGAUGGUUCCAAUUUAUGCUCUCAAUGCGCUUCUCUGUCUCGUCUUUCCGCGCAAGUCAAUCUACAUGGACAGUAUACGCGAGUGCUACGAAGCGUACGUGAUCUACAACUUUAUGAAGUAUCUGCUGAACUAUCUCAACCUCAGCAUGGAUCUGGAGGUUGAGCUCGAGACGCACCCGCAAACGAAACACGUGUUUCCACUCUGCUGGCUGGCUCCGUGGCGCAUGGGAAGAGAGUUUGUCCACAACUGCAAACAUGGCAUCCUUCAGUACACUGUCGUACGUCCGCUGACCACAGUCAUUGCGUGCAUUUGCCAACUCAAACACGUAUAUGGCGAGGGUCAGUUCCGGGCAUCCGUUGCCUUCCCGUACCUGGUGUUCUUCAACAACUGCUCGCAAUCGAUAGCGAUGUACUGCCUGAUAAUGUUCUACCGAGCGACGCGCAACGAGUUGCGACCGAUGCGGCCACUGCCAAAAUUUCUCUGCAUCAAGGCGGUCAUUUUCUUUUCCUUCUUCCAAAGUAUCAUCAUUUAUGGCCUCGUCUAUUACGGCUUCAUAAAGGACAUUUUCGAUACCGACACAACCGAGUUCGAUUCGCAGCUCGAGUUAUCGACGAAGCUGCAGAAUUUUAUCAUCUGCUUUGAGAUGUUGUUGGCCGCCUUGGCCCAUCACUACAGCUUCUCUCACCAUCCGUUCAAGCUUCAUUUGCCCCUCAGCAGGCACAGUGGCGGUGCGAGCAUCAACGGUAGCACCAGUGGCCCGUGGUAUUCCGCCUUUUGCAAUAUGCUCGACCUAUCCGACGUACGUCAGGACGUGUCGGAACACUUUGGCGAGAUGGGCAGUUCGAUUAGUCGUCGGUUGCGCGGCCGUAACGUGUACCAGGAGGCCCACUCGAGUGGCAGAAACUAUGAGGGCGAUUUUACCGGCACGGAGCGCGAUUAUCUCGUGCACGGGGCAAGCGGGACAAGCAAUUUGCUUGCUAGCCAGUGCUACCAGAGCCAACAAUACUACGCUGCCGGUACACCGCAGUUCAUAGAUGCCGGGGCCAGUGGUUCGUCGAAAGGUGUUGCGGGUGUUUCCACCGGUCAGCAGCGGUACGGUGCGCUUGAAAGUGGCAUCAGCAUCGUGCGUCCCAAGGUGUCAAAGCUGGUCGACACACCGAACGAGGGGGCACCGAAAAUACCGAACAUUUUCAAUCAAUUCCCCAACUCAAAGAAUCUUAACCUUACCCUCAGCAAAACACCAAGCUACGAGAAUUUACUUUCCCCGAAGAGUGAAGCGCGCGGCUUUGGUGGUGGAAAAGGACGGUCUAACCGUGCGAAGGACACGGCAGGACUUCCCAGCAGUAACAGUGAGUCCAGCUCCAUCAACCAACGCGUACAACGAUCGGAAAGCAACAAUGGCAGCGAUUGGCUCAGUACGCCCGACGAUGAGCUGGGCAUCGACGUGCAGGGCCUGUCGAGUGAUAAUAUCAAUAUCAAUUCCAACAAAAAAGUGUAGCUGCACCGCCACUAUUUAAAGACCCGUUCUCUUCUACUAACCACACGCCGUUAGCAGUAUUGAGUUGCAGCUAUGGGCUACGUUUGACUGUAAAGCAAGCGGUAACGAUCGCGAUCGUUUAUCGAUGCCUUUCUUUUCUAACGGAAAGAGGACUCCCGAUGGGAGGGAAACUACGCAGGAUGCAUUUUUCUAUCGCCCAUAUGUUAACAGGGCCGUCGGCAAAGGGAGAAAUCCUGCGAGACUAUACGUAGCUGGCAAAAACGAAAGGAAACAAAAUGAUCAUAAAAUCGUGUAAUAAUUCCAUGCAAAAUCCAACAUCAUAAUCUCAAUCGCGAUCGUCCCCAUUUUUAACGCAUCUGUGGUAGAAAAGGUGGAAAGCUCCGAGGGAGCGUAUAGUGCUUUCUGCUUUUUCGUCGUUGGACGUUGGUGAGAUGUGAUGCGUCUUUUUUGGAGCACCCAACGGUCUUCGAAGUGUUCGCAUAUCCGUGAUUAAUAAAGCGAAUCGUGUAACCGUUACUCUUAA